UCGUCUUGCACAUUAAAAUCCCUAGAAUUCCCUUUCCCUCCCUUCUUCCUUCGCUGUUUUUCCUGCUCCCGCCACCAUAGUCGCCUGCCGUCGCAUGUCACCGUCGUAGCCGUGCGUAAAGGAGUGCGAAAUUAGAUCCCUCCCCCCCCCCCGGUCUCUAUAGCUCUAGUCAUCUCCACUCUCAUUCUCCUCUGCACAUAAACAGGUGCUGCCAGCCUAGCACUGAAACUGGCUUCCCCUCCCGGUCUCUCCUAAGUUAGAAGCACCACUGCUCCAUUGCUCACGAGGGAAAGAGGCUGAACCAGGGUUAGCAAGGAAGAUAUGCUUCAUAAAAGAUUAUCUAAACACAUAAGCCUGAUAGUGAAGAUGUUUUCAUGGAGGAAGAUGAGGUACCAAAAGCUUCUGACACAAAAAGAGAAAAUGAGGCUGGGGGUUGGACAGAGGUAAAAGAUAAUGAAGACCCUGUUAAUGAGAACAAGGAGGAGAUUGUUCCAGAUGAAACUAUUCAUGAACCUGCAGUAGGGAAGGGAUUAUCGGGUGUGCUUCAGCUGCUUAAAGAGCAAGGAACACUGAAAGAGAGUGUUGAAUGGGGUGGCAGAAAUAUGGACAAGAAAAAGAGCAAGCUUGUCGGUAUCUAUGGCGAUGAAGGGCAAAAAGAGAUACGUAUUGAGAGGACGGAUGAGUUUGGAUGGAUUCUGACCCCAAAGGAAGCCUUUCGAAUAAUUUCUCAUAAAUUCCAUGGGAAGGGACCUGGGAAAAUGAAGCAAGAAAAGCGCAUGAAGCAAUACCAAGAAGAGUUGAAGUUGAAGCAAAUGAAGAACUCGGACACACCAUUACUUUCUGUAGAGAGGAUGAGGGAAGCUCAAGCUCAACUCAAGAUCCCCUAUCUUGUUCUUAGUGGGCAUGUUAAACCUGGGCAAACUAGUGAUCCUAGAAGUAGAUUUGCUACUGUUGAGAAGGAUCUGCCUGGUGGCUUGACACCUAUGCUUGGUGACAGAAAGGUUGAGCAUUUCUUGGGGAUUAAGUGCAAGGUUGAGCCUGGGAAUAUGGGCUUGUCAAAGAAGCCGAAGAGCUAAGUCUUCUGUAGAAGCUUCCGGCUAAUAUACGAGGGAGUUCAAGGCAUUUUUGUAUAGUAACACCAUCAAGGAAAAUUUCCUUUUGUUAUUUUAUUUAUUUAUUAUUAUUUUUUAUUUUUUAAAGUAUGCUCAUGAUUAAGGCUUAUGAUAAUGCAAGCAGCUAAUCUGUACUGCAUUGGGCUCUAGGUGUAGAAUUUGUAGAUUAAAAUUUUAUUGUUGCAGGAAAGAGAUAUUGAUGGAUGUAACACAUGCAAUUUUGUGUUAUAACAAUUCAAUGUUAUUACUGUCCAAGAUGUUGACUCGGACAUUGGAGGGUCCUUGGGAUCCAUUUUGCACUAUGGAGCUGGAAAACGUGGCAGCAUUUUUGGCUUCGUGCAAUGCCCCUUGGAGACGGCCAAAUAAAUAAUUUUCCUUUUUCCUCAGGAACCACAACGCUCAUAGUAUGGCUCUACAUUGUGGAUGCUCGAGACUUUUGAGUAUGGCAUAGCAUUCUUGUGGUGGAUUAGUAUGGUUGCGGGGUUCGUCUAUUCCUUGUAUCUGUUUUGACAAAUUAGUUUUGGGGUCAUUUUUAGUUGUGUGUGUGUGUGUGUGUGUGUGUAUGUAUCAUGUUUGUUGUUUGUUUAUUUUAUAAAGCUGCAAUUAAAUGUAGAGCCAUGCACAAAAAUUCAAUGUUUGACCACGGACCUUCAAGACUGGUCCGUUUGGUUGUGUGAACUUGUGUGUUUUUAGAGUGGUCAUAAAAUGUUCUUAAACUUAAUGUAUUAUUGUUAGUGCACAUGGAAUAUUUGAUUGAAAAAUGCUCUCAAUCAGCUCUAUAUAUUGCAGGAAUGAAUUUUUGACUCUUC